CAGCGCGAGCAGUUCAAGGAACUCUUGGGGCAGGGCCGAAAGAACUCAGAAAAGCUAAAGGCUGCACUGCAGAAGAUGCGGGGCGGCGGUGAGCCUUCUUCAACAGGCCUGUCUGCGGCGGAGCCAGCCACAGCGGGGCCAGCCGCAACCACAGACGGCUGCGCCCCUGAUGAGAAUGCUGAGCAAUACUUGCGCCGGUCCAAUGUCAGUUGGGUACGACCGCUGGUGCCAGAAAUGACAGAUGCAACUGUUCUUUGCUCCCUUUCGACUGGCAAGAAAGAGGAAACUCAGUGGGUAGCUCGGCAUUAUGGCGAGCUUCCUGAAGCCAAGACUGCUGAGGAGAAGUCCGCGCAAAAGCCAUACACCCAGAAGACGCGCACUGCAACAUUAAAAAGUUUUAGCAGUAGCCACGCGGCCUUUCUGGCUGCUCUUGAUUGGCUUUGGAAGAAACAUGCGCUGGUGACAGGCGAGCAGCCGCCUGUUUCUGUGGUUAAGAUACUGGCAGACACAGCGUGCCAUGCUGGGAAGACAGCUGAUCACGACAAGUGCGAUGAGGCCAUGAAGCGCUUAGGGGCAAGCCAGCCGGCGCCAUGCCCACCGCCGCGCCCAUCGCCAUGCCCACCGCCAUGCCCAUCUCCAUGCCCACUGCCAUGCCCGCCUGCAGAGGCAGCAGAUGCCCCACCACAUGACGACGUGCUAAGCUCCCUUUUGGAGGUUCAGCCAAGCAGAAAGAAGAGGGUUUCUGACAGCCCUGCUGGUUCAGGACGCGAGGCUCCCGCAAAGAAGAAGAGGAUCCCAGACACUCCUACUCGCGAGAAGUGGGGCAUGCCAGCAGGCUUGCAAAGUCGUCUCUCUGGCUUUCUGGAUGUGUCAGCAAGGGCAGAAAUCAGUUCCGGACCGUGGAAUCGCGUCCGCAUAUGCGGUGAUGGCAAUUGCCUCUUUACUGCUGCAGCUGUGGGGCACAGGGCCCUCAAAUCCGGAACUUUGGAGAUGGACGCAGUGAAACAACGACAGUGGGGCAAGACGAACCGUGCUGUUCAAAUGCAGUGGAUGGAGCAGCACCAAGGAGAACCUUUUCCACCAGGAGAGAGCAACACAGUAUUGCUCAAGGAUGCAAUCAUUGCAUCUUCUGGAAAGCAGCCAGAUGAGUAUUUUGCACAUAUGGGGUCAACUGCGGCUUGCAAUGCCUGGGGAGGAUGGCUCGAGGCUGCAGUAAUGGCCUUCCGAUGGAAGUGCCAAGUCAAAGUGUACAGCUUGGAUGGGGGCACGGGGCGAUACCGGCACUUAAGCACGGUGGGCAUUGUACAGAACAACGGUUCCAUCAUUCGGCUUUUGUGGCUUGGUGACCACUACGAUUUGCUCGUAGCUGCUUAA